CAACAACGGAGCAGACCCAAGAAUUUGGGGGACUCAACCUUCAAAAUCUCGUGCUCACCCAUUUUUAGGUUCAUUUCAUUAGUAACAUUUGUGUUAGAAGAGAAAUGAAGGUAAUUUGUCUUUUUUAGGUUGACUGUAAGGCCAUUGGUUUCAAACUAGUUUGUCGAAUCUGCAAAAGCUUUAUUUGCAGCCUCAUUUGACACAUUCCCUGAGAGAUUAUUAACUGAUAAAGUGGUGUUGUCAGCAAACAAGAGUAUUUUCCCAUAUUGUGUACAUAGUGCUAAGUCAUUUAUAAAUAUUAGAAAGAGCAGUGGGCCCAAUACUGAGCCUUGGGGUACUCCUGCAGUAAUGGAGCCCCAUUCGGAAGUUACCUGGCCACCAUGCAGUCCUUCCACAAUUACUUUCUGCUUUCUAUCACACAGAUAGGAUUCAAGCCACGUGCCUAGGGUUCUACCCAUUCCUAGGGUCUUGGCUUUACUCAAGAGAAUAUGGUGACUUACACUGUCAAAAGCUUUUGACAGGUUGCAAAAUAUUCCAAUCGUCAUCAUAUUAUUAUUUAUGGCUUCCAUAACAUUGUCAACAAAGGCAUGUAUUGCAUCCACGGUUGAUACCCCUUUCUGAAAGCCAAACUGGCUAUUGCUGAGGAUGUUAUAUUUACUAAGAUGCUCAACCAUUGUGCUAUGCAUCAAUUUCUCUAGUACCUUGGAGAAAAAUGAGAGUAAGGAAAUUGGUCGAUAGUUUGUAGCCUCAGUCUUUCCUCCCUUUUUAUAAAUUGGUCGUAUAAGCCCAUAUUUUAGCCUGUCAGGGAAAACACCUUCUUCCAGUGACGUAUUACUAAUAUGGCAGAGGACUGUACUUAUUUCUUUCCAACAGUAUUUCAGUAACUUGCUGGAAAUGUUGUCAACUCCAGCAGAAUUUUUACAUUUUAAAGACAUAAUUAUUUUUUCUAAUUCUAUCACUGUAGUUUUUCGAAGAUGCGUCUCAUCUGUUUUGUUACUUAAGGUGUUAUGCAAGUAUUCUGAGGCGUUCUUUACAGAACCCUGGUAUCCUAUUUGGUUGGCGACUGUUAGGAAAUGAUUGUUAAAGAUGUUAGCCACCAUUUCAGGAGCAUCCACCGAAAGGCUCCCAGUUCUUAAGCUAAUCACUUCUUUGGCAGAUAGGCUUUUCCCCUGUCUCGCUUUUAACAUAUUUCCAUAUGGUUUUCAUUUUGUUAUUUGAUUUGUCAAUUUCCUUUUUUAGAUACAUACUUUUAGAUUUCUGGAUCACCUUCCUUAAUAUCUUAGAGUACACUUUAUAUUGCCCCAUCACUGCAGUAUUGUUAGACUGUCUGGCUGAGGCAUACAAUUCUCUCCUUUUUUUACAUGAAAUUUUGAUACCCUGGGUAAUCCAUGGCUUAAAUGCAGGGUUACAUUGAUUUACUCUGAUUCUUUUAUUUGGAAACACCUCCUCAAAAAGAUUUGAUGUUAAAUUAAUAAAUACAUUAAAUUUUGUGUUGACAUCUGCUAAGUUGAAUACUUCAGACCAGUCAACUAACUGUAGCUUCUGCUUGAAUGUCUCCAUUGUUUCUUUAUUUAUUGGUCUCACAUUUUUCCAGAUAGCUUUUGGUUUUCUGUUAAGAUUUAAAUAGGGGAUUGUCAGAAGUAUAACAUCAUGCUCUGACAGCCCAUUUAGGACUUGACUGACUGUCAAGCUACUGUGCCUAGACUUAUCAACAAACACAUUAUCAGUUAGAGUACUGGAGUGGUCAGUUACCCUAGUGGGAAAUUUAACUACUUGCAUUAGAUUGUAACAGCUCAUUAGUUGCUCCAGCUCCAUUCUGUCAUAACUUUCAUUCAGGAAAUUUACAUUAAAGUCGCCUAGUAUUAUGACUGAAAAGUUUUUUGUGUACAAUGUAUCACUGAUUGCAAAUUCAGUUAACAUAUUUUUGCCCCACUAGAACACAUUUUUCAGUUUUCACUCACCAGAAAUUAAAUGGAAGAAUGGAUGAAAGUUCUAUGUCAGUUAAGCCGCUUGCACACGGGAUGAGACAACUAAUGUUGAUGUACACGCAAACGGGAUACACCAUGUCAUGAGGCACAGCACAGCUGGAACACGAGAUGAGUCAGUUAACGUGAUCUUGAGCUCUCAGCACGAUCCAGCAGCAGUUGUUGAAUUUAUUUAGCACGCGAGUUUUAUGCCGAGCGCACGAAGCACACGUUUCACCAAGUGAAUAUGGAUCAAACUCAAUUAGCUGUGUUGGCUUUAUUGGCUAUUGUGGAAGAUGAGCGGAGAAAGCACUGCAGAAGUUUAUGGACACGCCAGUGGAUUCGGCAGCGCGAUAAUGGUAGAGGAACAAUUCAUAUGCUGCACCAUGAACUGAGAUUACAAGAUGCAGAGUCUUUUCGGAACUUCACGAGAAUGGAUGAAGACGUGUUUUCGAAGUUACUGAGUAUAAUUGGCAGUGACAUUUGCUGCCAAGACACCAACAUGAGACAAUCGAUAAAACCGUUAUCGACUGGCAGUCACUUUAAGACUUUUCCGACUGGAGAAACGUUCCAGUCUCUGGGUUAUGCAAUAAGAAUUGCGCCAAAUACAUUGUCAAAAAUCAUUCCAGAAACGCUGCAGGCAAUUCUUAAUAAUUUGGGAAACAAGUGCAUAAAGAUUCCAAACACGGCUAACGAGUGGAAGCAAGUAGUGCACUCAUUCAAUUUGCUGUGGCAAUUCCCCCAUUGCAUAGGUGCAGUUGAUGGUAAAAAGGUAACCUUCCGGGCACCGAGAGCAGCAGGCGCCUACUUCAGAGACUACAAACGCCACAACAGCAUUGUGCUCCUGGCGGUCGUUGAUGCCCAUUAUAGGUUCUUAUAUACAAACAUUGGUGCCAAUGGUAGAGUUCAUGAUGGGGCAAUUUUUAACCAAAGCAGAGGCCUUACAGGGCAAUAACAUGAAUUUGCUGCCUCCUGAGAAAGUGGAGUGUUUCAAUGGGCCUUACCUGCCAUAUGUAUUUGUGGCGGACGAUGCUUUUGCCCUCAAACCAUAUAUGAUGAAACCCGAUCCAGAGAGAGGGUUGUCAAAAGAACAGAAGGUGUUUAAUUAUAGAUUAAGCAGGGCCCGGAGAGUAGUGGACAAUGCUUUCGGCAUAAUGUCAAACAAAUUUGUUGUUCUACUAAACCCAAUUCGUUUAUCUCCAAAUAAGGUUGACACAAUCAUCAGAACUUGCUAUGUUUUGCACAAUUUUAUUCUGGAGCAAAAUCCCAGAUGGUAUGUGCCAGGAGACAUACAUAUCUAUGGACUCAACGAUGGAAGGAAUUCCAAGAUAACAUGGAUGGCAUGCAGCUGCAGAUGCAUUGAAAGCCAGAGAUGACUUCAAGAUGUAUUUCAACUCCAUAGGUACUGUCCCAUGGCAAGAAGAGGCUGUUGAUGCUGGGAGGUGGUGAUGACAGUAGAGCUUUGACAACAGUACACAUUUGUAUGUCAUUAAUUUUUGUGUAUUUUAUAUCUAUUAAUUAAGAAACAAUUUUUUUUUUUGUAAAUCAUCAAAUAUUUCUGUUCUGCAAUGUGUACUCAACAUCUAUUGUGUACAGAAGUUGUAAUCCAGAACUUAGUGUAUUUUCCUGUACAUAAUACACAUAAUAAAUGUUAUUUUGUGGGCACCAGUGCCCAGUUGAGAAAAAAUUUUAGUUUUCCAUAACAAUAAAGACUUACAGCAAUUA